AUGGCCGCCCCGAGCCGAUCCGGCAGUCCUCCUUUCGCCCCCAAAGUUUGUUCCACCUGCCGAACCCGCAAGAAGCGAUGCGACAAGGCCUUGCCCUGCUGUGGCUACUGCGCUGAGAAAGGCCUGCAAUGCCAGUACCAGGAGCAACGUUUUCUUGGUUUAGACUUGGUCCCGAGGCCCUCCUUGUCAGAAACCUCUUCGACAGUGGAGACGACAGUGUGCCGUGAGGUUCAGCGCAUCAUCAGCUUCACGGGGCAGCAGUACCUGGACGAAAUCAGCGUACGGUACUUCCAGAGCAUUCACUGGUAUCUGCCAAUCAUCUCGCGGCAGCGCUUCCAUGCACACCUUCUCUCCUUUGGCUCCGAUCCGCGGGCAGACUUCUCCGUUCUUUUGCUGAGUAUGUGCAUGCUCACAUACGAUCCAGAUCCCGACAGACAAGACGGCCGGCACGUCGAUAGUUCGACCCUGUAUCUUGCGACCAAAUUACUGUUCAGUCAGGCGCAAACAAUAGGUCGGCCGUCCCUAAACCUGAUUCAAGCCGGAAUCUUGAUAGCGGUCUAUGAGUAUGCGCGCGGGGAUCGAGAUCUGGGGUUUGUGUCCAUGGGUGUUUGUGCCCGCAUGGCGUAUGCGGCAGGCUUGAAGCAACCAACAUCACUUCCCAGCAUGAAUAACGACGUGUAUCCGGAUGAAGAAGACGGCAGCACCUGGUGGGGGAUCUGCAUGUGCGAAAGAAUCGCACUUUGCGAUGUCAGUUUAGUCAACCAACCUCUGCUGUCAAUGAUGCCGAAAGAAGUCAAUGCGUUUAGCUGCCGGGAAAGUGAAAGCGUGCUGUCUACGCCGUCGAACGUUUAUCAGGACGGAUUCCGCCAGGCAAUGCGCGCCACCUAUCUGCUGGACGAACUACUCGAGGUGCUGAAAGCUCCAGAGUCAAGUACCAAGCAGAGGCACCUAGACGAUCUGGACAAGUCGAUUCAAGUGUUUCUCACGAUGACGAUGCAACGGUUCCCGAUGGCGAGCGGUGUUUAUUGCGGCGGCAUCUCGAUUGCCAUUCGUGGACUGUUUCUCCUGCAUCGGCAAGUUCUAGACCGGGCGAAAGCGCCAUCGGGCGAGAUCGAUUGUCCGAAGGAGGCGUAUCUCAACUCACGUGCCGCCCUCGACACGGUGACCAAGAUCGUUAGCGACAUCGCAACAGCGCGUCAGCAACUCUCUCCCGACCGGAUGGACGCGUAUCCGCCGACCUAUGCAUACCUAGUUCGGGCGGCACUGAAGUAUAUCCACGAUCACUGCCAGCCGUUGUCGCCGGGGUCGUGGCUGUGGGAGGCGGAGAAGCGGCUGCAGCUCUCGCGCGAUCUGUUGCGCCGCCGCUGGGAGUGA